AUGGCCUUACAAGCGAGCCUCGCAGCUACCUCGCAACCCAGAAUCCUCGCCUCCUACGACGACCUUACCGAUCACGAAAAGCGCAGCUGCGACCCCAUCCUCAAUCACCUUCUGACUCUCAACCGAACUGGCAAGGCCCUUGACGACGUAACUCGCAAAGCCUUCUGGGACGCCGUCUUCCAACGUUGGACAACCUGCCCCUCCGCCCACAACCCCCUACCCCACUUCCGUCCGCGAGAGGACAGCGGCACCCCAGUUGCAACUCUCAAACAAGACGCGCCCGUGAAGACCAAGAAUCCAAGCAAUGCCCCGAUGCCUCCCAAUAGGCUUCAAGGCGCGACAGUCUGGCUCCAGCCUGUCCCCAACUUCAUCACACAGCAGAUUACGUACAAAUGGACCGACGGCGCGAACCAAAAGGUCCUACGAAGCGUGGCAACGCUACUCCCCGAGCUGUCAUGGACCCAGGCAAGGAUUGAAGCGAUCAUCAAACGCGACCACAAGGAACUCGAUAGGGUGGGCCACCUCAACAUGAGCGUUGCCGUCUACUAUGCCCGGGCCCAGCUCCUCAGCCAUCUCAAGCUUAACCGCCGCGACGGAAGCCGGAAGGGUCACAAACGCUGCAAGGCUUGUAAGACGCACGAGGUGUCGGACAUGAAGGAGUUUCAAGAGAUUCGCCUCUGUGGGGACUUCAUUUUGGCUCACAAAGAUCUCUCGGCUGGAUACUUUGCGCACGAGAAGCAGCCUCUUGUCGGUCCAUCUUUCAUGUAG